UUGCUAGCAUAAAAGGAGGUCCAAAGCUAAAAAUAAUAAGACCCCGCCAUUCUUCUUCAAAAGCAAUUCACACACACUACUUCACAAACUUGCCCCCAAGUAGUAAUUAACUAUUUGGAUAUCAUGGAUAGCAAAUGGUGUGAGAAAAGCUUGGUUAAUUUGCCAGAAAGUCCAAAAGCGCCCAUGGAAUUCUUGUCAAGAUCAUGGAGUGCCUCUGCUUUGCAAGUUUGCAAGGCCUUAACUUCUUCUUCUCCUUCUCUUCUUCCCAAAGCUAGCAUUGCCAAUUCCUGUGCUAAUAUUACUACUACUACUACUACUACUCACUCCAAUAACACAAACAGUACUAGUAGCAGUGUUAUUACUAUACCUGAGAAUAUCUCUGCUGAGGAAGAAGACUCUGCCAAACUUGCUGGAAAUACCUUCUCUUUUGCUUCAUCUGCUACUUCUCAACUUGUUCUUGAACGCAUUAUGUCUCAAUCUAUGCAUAAUGGGCAGGAGAUAUCACCUUUAACUUCAGGAAGAUUGUCUCAUAGUAGUGGACCUCUCAAUGGUUCUCUAACGGAAGAAACUGAUAGCCCUCCAGUCUCUCCUUCUGAAGAGUUUGAAGAUGUUGUUAAGUACCUGAAAGCGAACAACACUCUGCAACCAUUAUUCACAAACGUGAGAACAAACGGAUACAGUGGAACUACAGGGCUUGCACCAAACACGCCUGGUGGCAAGACAGUAGGGAGAUGGUUAAAGGAACGGAGAGAAAAAAAGAAAGAAGAGAGCAGAGCCCAGAACGCACAACUUCAUGCUAUUGUUUCAGUAGCAGGAGUAGCUGCUUCUGUGGCUGCAAUUGCUGCAGCCACUGCAGCAGCAUCGUCCACGGGCAAAGACGAACAAAUGGCAAAGACGGAUGCAGCUGUUGCUUCGGCAGCAAUGCUGGUAGCUGCACAGUGCGUGGAGGCUGCUGAAGCUAUGGGAGCUGACCGUGAUCAUCUUAUGUCAGCAAUUAGUUCUGCUGUAAAUGUUCGUUCUCAUGGGGAUAUAUCAACUCUUACUGCCGCUGCUGCCACAGCUUUACGAGGAGCUGCGACAUUAAAGGCUAGGGCACUGAAGGAAGUAUGGAACAUAGCUGCAGUAAUUCCAAUAGAAAAGGGAAUUGGUGUAGGCACAGUUCGAAACAACGAUCAAACUCAAACUAAUAGCAAUAAUUACUGCGAGGGACUUGACAUUGAAGAGAACUUUUUGGGUGUUUGUAAUCAGGAACUGUUGGCUCGGGGCCGCGAACUUCUCAAGCGAACGCGUAAUGGUGAUCUUCACUGGAAAAUAGUCUCUGUCUAUGUUCAUCGAAGUGGAGAGGUGAUGCUGAAGAUGAAAAGCAAACAUGUGGGAAAAACUAUCACCAAGAAAAAGAAAAAUGUAGUACUAGAAGUUUACAAGGAUGUACCAGCAUGGCCAGGAAGGCAUUUACUUGAGGAUGGUGAGAAACGCCGAUAUUUUGGACUAAAGACAGAAGUACGAGGUGUGGUUGAGUUCGAAUGCAAAAAUCAAAGAGAAUAUGAGAUAUGGACUCAAGGUGUUUCAAGACUUCUCUCUAUGGUGGCUGAGAGGAAGAAGAGAUUUCAGAACUAAUUAAUUAAAUGCCAAAAAUUCACUUCUUGAAGUGAGUACACGAUCGAUCAGUUUUAAUUAGGUACUAUUACUUACUUACGUACUAGUCAGUGAGAACCAGUGUAUUAAUUAGAUGAAGGUAGAAUGUAUAAAAGUUUUGAUGUGCUUGUGAAAAACAUUCUAAAACUUAUCCAUGUAUUAUAAGUAUUCUCUUUGUUUAGACCUCGAAAAAUAUUGUGAUUC